AGAGUUUUCACUUCCGGUCUAUGGGGUCCGGUUUGGAUUUGUGGCUUCCCGCGUCCGCUGGCGGCAAGGCGGCCGCCAUCAUGUCAGACACCGACAGCGACGAAGAUUCGGGUGGAGGCGGCCCGUUUUCUUUAACCGGUUUCCUUUUCGGCAACAUCAAUGGAGCGGGGCAGCUGGAGGGGGAAAGCGUCUUGGAUGAUGAGUGUAAGAAGCACUUGGCAGGCUUGGGGGCUUUGGGCCUGGGCAGCCUGAUCACUGAACUCACAGCAAAUGAAGAAUUGACUGGGACUGACGGUGCUCUGGUAAAUGAUGAAGGCUGGAUCAGGAGUACAGAGGAUGCUGUGGAUUAUUCAGACAUCAAUGAAGUAGCAGAAGAUGAAAGUCGAAGAUAUCAACAGACAAUGGGGAGCUUGCAGCCCAUUUGCCAUUCAGAUUACGACGACGACGACUAUGAUGCUGAUUGUGAAGACAUUGAUUGCAAGUUGAUGCCUCCUCCACCUCCACCCCCAGGACCAUUAAAGAAGGAUAAGGACCAGGAUGCUCUUACCGGUGUGUCUGAGGAUGGAGAAGGCAUCAUCUUGCCCUCCAUCAUUGCCCCUUCCUCUUUGGCCUCAGAGAAAGUGGACUUCAGUAGUUCCUCUGACUCAGAAUCUGAGAUGGGACCUCAGGAAGCAACACAGACAGAAUCCGAGGACGGAAAGCUGACCCUACCACUGGCUGGGAUUAUGCAGCACGAUGCCACCAAGCUGUUGCCGAGCGUCACGGAACUUUUCCCGGAGUUUCGGCCUGGGAAGGUGUUGCGCUUCCUACGUCUUUUUGGACCAGGGAAGAACGUCCCAUCCGUUUGGCGGAGCGCUCGGAGAAAGAGGAAAAAAAAGCACCGCGAGCUGAUACAGGAAGAGCAGAUCCAGGAGGCGGAGUGCUCAGUGGAGUCAGAAGUCAGCCAGAAGUCGUUGUGGAACUACGACUACGCUCCGCCACCGCCUCCAGAGCAGUGUCUCUCCGAUGACGAAAUCACAAUGAUGGCUCCCGUGGAGUCCAAGUUUUCCCAAUCAACUGGAGAUAUAGAUAAAGUGACAGAUACCAAACCGAGAGUGGCAGAGUGGCGUUAUGGGCCUGCCCGACUGUGGUAUGAUAUGCUGGGUGUCCCUGAAGAUGGCAGUGGGUUUGACUAUGGCUUCAAACUGCGAAAGAUGGAACACGAACCUGUGACAAAAUGUAGAAUGACGGAGGACUGUAGGACACUUGAGGACAGCAGUGGCACUGACCUUCUGGCUGAUGAAAACUUCCUGAUGGUGACACAGCUGCAUUGGGAGGAUGACAUCAUCUGGGAUGGGGAGGAUGUCAAACACAAAGGGACAAAACCUCAGCGUGCAAGCCUGGCGGGCUGGCUUCCUUCCAGCAUGACGAGGAACGCCAUGGCUUACAACGUUCAGCAAGGUUUUACAGCCACCCUGGAUGACGACAAGCCUUGGUACUCCAUUUUCCCCAUUGACAAUGAGGAGCUGGUGUAUGGGCGCUGGGAGGACAACAUCAUUUGGGACGCUCAGGCCAUGCCCCGGCUGCUGGAGCCUCCCGUUUUGACACUUGACCCUAAUGACGAGAACCUCAUUUUGGAAAUUCCUGAUGAGAAGGAAGAGGCCACCUCCAACUCCCCCUCCAAGGAGAGUAAAAAGGAAUCGUCUCUGAAGAAGAGUCGAAUUCUCUUAGGGAAAACAGGAGUCAUCAAGGAGGAACCGCAACAGAAUAUGUCUCAGCCAGAAGUGAAAGAUCCGUGGAAUCUGUCCAAUGAUGAAUAUUACUACCCUAAGCAACAGGGUCUUCGAGGCACCUUUGGAGGGAAUAUCAUCCAGGUAAAAAGCAGCAUUUUUUCUGUGGCGGAUGGNNCCAUCAAACUGCGGCAGUUCCAUCGCCCGCCUCUGAAGAAGUACUCCUUCGGGGCACUGUCUCAGCCAGGUCCCCACUCAGUCCAGCCCUUGCUGAAGCACAUCAAAAAGAAGGCUAAGAUGAGAGAACAAGAGAGGCAAGCUUCAGGUGGCGGAGAGAUGUUUUUCAUGCGCACUCCUCAGGACCUCACAGGCAAAGAUGGAGAUCUUAUUCUAGCAGAAUAUAGUGAGGAAAAUGGACCGUUAAUGAUGCAAGUUGGCAUGGCAACCAAGAUAAAAAACUACUAUAAGCGGAAACCCGGAAAAGAUCCCGGAGCCCCCGACUGUAAAUACGGAGAAACCGUGUACUGCCAUACAUCUCCUUUCCUGGGCUCUCUCCAUCCUGGCCAGUUGCUGCAGGCAUUUGAGAACAAUCUUUUUCGUGCUCCAAUUUAUCUUCAUAAAAUGCCAGAAACUGAUUUUCUUAUUAUUCGGACAAGACAAGGUUACUAUAUUCGGGAAUUGGUGGAUAUCUUUGUGGUUGGCCAGCAGUGCCCCUUGUUCGAAGUUCCUGGGCCCAACUCCAAAAGGGCCAAUACGCAUAUUCGAGACUUUCUCCAGGUUUUUAUUUAUCGUCUCUUCUGGAAGAGUUUAGAUCGGCCACGGCGGAUUCGAAUGGAAGAUAUAAAAAAAGCUUUUCCUUCCCAUUCAGAAAGCAGCAUCCGGAAGAGGCUGAAGCUCUGCGCUGACUUCAAACGCACAGGGAUGGACUCAAAUUGGUGGGUGCUGAAAUCGGAUUUCCGCUUACCCACCGAAGAAGAGAUCAGAGCUAUGGUGUCUCCGGAGCAGUGCUGUGCUUAUUACAGCAUGAUAGCUGCGGAGCAGCGACUGAAGGAUGCCGGCUAUGGUGAAAAGUCCUUUUUCGCUCCAGAAGAAGAAAAUGAGGAAGAUUUCCAGAUGAAGAUAGAUGAUGAAGUUCGCACUGCUCCUUGGAACACCACAAGGGCCUUCAUUGCUGCCAUGAAGGGCAAGUGUCUCCUGGAGGUGACUGGGGUGGCAGAUCCCACGGGCUGUGGUGAAGGAUUCUCCUAUGUGAAGAUUCCAAACAAACCAACACAGCAAAAGGAUGAUAAAGAGCCUCAGCCUGUGAAGAAGACAGUGACAGGAACAGAUGCAGACCUCCGUCGCCUGUCCCUGAAAAAUGCCAAGCAACUGCUACGUAAAUUUGGUGUGCCAGAGGAAGAGAUUAAAAAGUUGUCCCGCUGGGAAGUGAUCGAUGUGGUACGUACAAUGUCAACAGAGCAGGCCCGCUCUGGAGAGGGGCCCAUGAGUAAAUUUGCCCGUGGAUCGAGGUUUUCUGUGGCUGAGCAUCAAGAGCGUUACAAAGAGGAAUGCCAGCGCAUCUUUGACCUACAGAACAAGGUUUUGUCAUCAACUGAAGUCUUAUCCACUGACACAGACAGCAGCUCAGCCGAAGACAGUGACUUUGAAGAAAUGGGAAAGAACAUCGAGAACAUGUUGCAGAAUAAAAAAACCAGCUCUCAGCUUUCACGUGAACGGGAGGAGCAGGAGCGGAAGGAACUACAGCGGAUGCUACUGGCAGCAGGCUCAGCAGCAGCAGGAAACAAUCACAGAGAUGAUGACACAGCUUCUGUGACUAGUCUUAACUCUUCUGCCACUGGCCGUUGUCUCAAGAUUUAUCGCACAUUUCGAGAUGAAGAGGGGAAGGAGUAUGUUCGCUGUGAGACGGUCCGGAAGCCCGCGGUCAUAGAUGCCUACGUGCGCAUCCGGACCACGAAGGACGAGGAGUUCAUCCGAAAAUUUGCCCUUUUUGACGAACAGCAUCGAGAAGAGAUGCGAAAAGAGCGGCGGAGGAUUCAAGAGCAGCUGAGGCGGCUUAAGCGGAACCAGGAAAAGGAGAAGCUUAAGGGUCCUCCUGAGAAGAAGCCCAAAAAAAUGAAGGAGCGUCCUGACCUCAAACUGAAAUGUGGGGCUUGUGGUGCCAUCGGACACAUGAGGACAAACAAAUUCUGCCCCCUCUAUUACCAAACGAAUGCUCCGCCUUCUAAUCCUGUCGCCAUGACAGAGGAGCAGGAGGAGGAGUUGGAAAAGACAGUCAUUCAUAAUGAUAAUGAAGAACUGAUCAAGGUCGAAGGGACCAAGAUUGUCUUGGGGAAGCAGCUCAUUGAGAGUGCAGAUGAAGUUCGCAGGAAAUCUCUGGUUCUCAAGUUCCCUAAACAGCAACUUCCUCCCAAGAAGAAACGACGAGUUGGAACCACUGUUCACUGUGACUAUUUGAAUAGACCUCAUAAGUCUAUCCACCGGCGUCGGACAGACCCCAUGGUGACAUUGUCAUCCAUCUUGGAGUCUAUCAUCAAUGACAUGAGAGAUCUUCCAAAUACAUACCCUUUCCACACUCCAGUCAAUGCGAAGGUUGUAAAGGAUUACUACAAAAUCAUCACUCGACCGAUGGACUUACAAACACUCCGUGAAAAUGUGCGUAAGCGCCUCUACCCGUCUCGGGAAGAGUUCCGAGAGCAUUUGGAGCUCAUCGUGAAAAACAGCGCAACCUACAAUGGGCCAAAGCACUCACUGACCCAGAUUUCUCAAUCAAUGCUGGAUCUCUGUGAUGAAAAACUCAAAGAGAAAGAAGAUAAAUUGGCUCGUUUAGAAAAAGCUAUCAACCCCUUGCUGGAUGAUGAUGACCAAGUGGCAUUUUCUUUCAUUCUCGAUAACAUUGUCACCCAGAAAAUGAUGGCCGUUCCAGAUUCUUGGCCAUUUCAUCACCCAGUUAAUAAGAAAUUUGUUCCAGACUAUUACAAAGUGAUUGUCAGUCCAAUGGAUUUAGAGACUAUACGUAAGAAUAUCUCCAAGCACAAGUAUCAGAGUCGAGAGAGCUUUCUAGAUGAUGUCAACCUUAUUCUGGCCAACAGUGUUAAGUACAAUGGGCCCGAAAGUCAGUAUACUAAGACUGCUCAGGAGAUCGUGAACGUCUGUCACCAGACACUGACGGAGUAUGAUGAGCAUUUGACUCAACUUGAGAAGGAUAUUUGUACAGCUAAGGAAGCGGCUUUGGAGGAAGCAGAAUUGGAAAGCCUGGACCCAAUGACCCCAGGGCCUUACACACCUCAGCCUCCUGAUCUGUACGACACCAACACGUCCCUCAGUAUGUCUCGAGAUGCCUCUGUCUUUCAAGAUGAGAGCAAUAUGUCCGUCCUGGAUAUUCCCACUGCCACCCCAGAGAAGCAGGCGACCCAGGAAGGUGAAGAAGUAGAUGGCGAUCUUGCAGAUGAAGAGGAAGGAACUGUGCAGCAGCCUCAAGCCAGUGUCCUGUAUGAGGAUUUGCUUAUGUCUGAAGGAGAAGACGAUGAGGAAGACGCGGGGAGUGACGAAGAAGGAGAUAAUCCUUUCUCUGCUAUCCAGCUGAGUGAAAGUGGCAGUGACUCUGACGUGGGAUCUGGCGGGAUAAGGCCCAAACAGCCCCGUGUGCUUCAGGAGAACACGAGGAUGGGCAUGGAAAACGAAGAGAGCUUGAUGUCCUAUGAGGGAGCCAGUGGGGAGGCUUCUCGUGGUUUGGAGGAGAGCACCAUCAGUUAUGGGAGCUAUGAGGAGCCUGAUCCCAAGUCGAACACCCAAGACACAAGCUUCAGCAGCAUCGGUGGGUAUGAGGUAUCAGAGGAGGAAGAAGAGGAGGAGGAGGAAGAGCAGCGCUCUGGGCCGAGCGUGCUAAGCCAGGUCCAGCUGUCAGAGGACGAGGAGGACAGUGAGGAUUUCCACUCCAGUGCUGGAGACAGUGACUUGGACUCUGAUGGAUGAGGCUUCCUUUGGGCCUCCUGGGUCAGCCUUCCCUGUUCUCCAGCCUAGGUGAUUCACCUACCCCCAGUUCGUUUAUAUUUGUGUAACGUCUGAUCCUGAAAUCACCAGAUUAACUAACACCUUAGCCUUUAAGAAAUAGUAAGUAAAUGAUAACGCAUCGCCUCUCCUGACUUUCCUGGGGCACUGUCACCCUUUGAAUUAAAACCAAGCAACCCCGCUUCCCCCAACUACUAACAAAAAUAGACCGUCUCCUCCUCCUCCAGUGUGCUUGUUUAACUCCAUUUAUCGCUGUCGGUGUCACUUUUCCCCGGAGAAGGAGGAAAAAUUAUGAAAGGACUAAUAACUUGAUGUCCUCUUGGUGUAUUAGAAAUUUUCCAAGCAUGAUAUCAUCUUAGUUUUCUAAUUCACAGGCUGUAACAGGUGACAGCCCCCUGCUGGGACAGAGAAUUGGGUUCUCUCUGGUGGACUCUGUGCCACACUAAAAACGGAAACCUAUUGGACAAACUGCCCAGUUUUUAAUAAUUUAUUUGAUUACGUAAGGCCUUGUUCCUAAAAGGAUUUGAGGCAAGUGACUAUAGAAAUCUUUGAAACAGCCUAUAUGUCAGAAGCGAUCUGUUGCCAUGUAAGUGUGUUCCAUCCGUCCACCCCCCUGGGGAAUGAUAGGAAAAUGGUAAGUUCCUCGGGGCAAAGGCUGUGUCUUCUGUUCCUUUUCAUGCCGAGGCUAUGGUUCUGUGCAUAGUAGGUACUCGAUCCAUGUCCCUAGAAUCACGAAGUUCUCAGUAGAUUUGUUACUGAGCCCCUGCUUCGUGGUAAGCACGCCGUCGGAUCCUCAGGGAUGCAAAGGGAAACAAGACACAGUCCUUUCACCCAAAGAGCACCAUCAAAUUGGGAGAGGGGGAGUGGAAUUCGAAACAUGUUGAUCACGCGUUAAAGUACUGUGAGAUAAGUGCAAUUACAGAGCUAGAUAUAAAGCCUAGGGGGAAGUAGAGGCGCAAUCAUGUCUGAAAAAGUCAGGGAAGUCUUUUUAGAGGUAAUUUUUAAGCUGACUGUUGGAUUACGAGGAGCUCGCCAGACGGGAAAGGCCCGGCAGUGCAGCAGGGAGUGGAGAGGCUGAAGGCUAGGACGGCAGAGUGCGUUCCUAGUUUGUUUGUUUGUUUGUUUGUACCUGCCUUGUUCCAGGAAGGAUUUAAGGUGGUUCAGUACCAGGCUUUUAACGCUGGAAUGGCUGGAGAUGAGACUGCAGGAUGGGCAGGAAACACAUCAUCAGGAGCUUUGAAUUUGAUGCUAAUGAGUACGAACUUUAUAUUAUAGGAAAUGAGCCCUAACGGAGUGAUAGAAUCAGAGUUGUGUUUUAGAAAUGUCCUAUGUGUCACAUGAUGAAAGGAAUGGAAGAAUCAUAGGUGACAAGUGUGUUCCCAUUUCUUGUAAAAGACAAACCAUGUAUGUGUAUUUAUAUGCAUUGAUGUGUACUUUUAUGCAAAGGAACGGGUUCCAAAGGACAUACGCUCAGCUGUCCACAAUGGUAACCCCCAGGGGAGGGGGCUGAUUUGUUGUGUGUGCACUGGGUGGGGUGUUAUGCUUUUAUUUCUGUACCGUUUGAAUUUUUUUACAGGUAUGUACUAUUUUUGUAAUAAAAAUAUUUAUAAAGA